AGAGGAGGAGGAGGAGAGAGAAGAAGAAUUCUAAAAGAAAAUGUUCUACUCGCAUCAACUUCUCGCGAGAAAAGCUCCACUCGGCCAAGUCUGGAUGGCCGCGACGAUGCACGCGAAGAUCAACCGGAGGAAGCUCGACAAGCUCGAUCUCGUCAAGAUCUGCGAAGAGAUCUUGAAUCCGUCGGUUCCUAUGGCGCUCCGCCUCUCUGGGAUUCUCAUGGGCGGCGUGGUAAUCGUCUACGAGAGGAAGGUUAAGCUUCUCUAUGAUGAUGCUACUCGUUUUCUGCUGGAAAUUAACGAGGCAUGGAAAGUUAAACCUCACGUAGAUCGCACCGUUCUCCCAAAAGGAAAAUCCCAAGCCAAGUUUGAGGCGGUGACGCUCCCUGAAGCCGUCGACAUGGAAAUGGAGCAACCUAUGAACUUUUUCUCUGAUACCUCGACGACAGCUGCGAGAUUCCAGCGAAUGAGAUUGGAUGAUUUGGAUGAGCACUUCAUCAACAUCAACCCAGGAGAUGAGGAGCAAUCCCUACAUCAUCACCAAGCUGAUGCAGCUAAUAUCACAUUGUUUGAUGAUUUUGGCUCCGGCAUGGCAGAGACAGAUCUCUAUAAUAGAUUCGAGAGGUUUGACAUAGGAGAAGAUGAAGAAAUUCAGAUGAACUUCACUCCACAAGAGCAACCUACUCUCGUACCCUCACCCCCUAGAGAAUAUGCUCAGCAACAGCCUCGAGCCUCUUGCGCCUCCUCUCCUCCAACUCACCAUGAGUCAGCACCUCAACAUGAACCUAUGGUAGAAGAACAAGAGGAGAGGCUACCUGAACAACACGAUAAUGCUGCUCAGGAGGCUGUGGAACCUGAACCUGAAGCUGAGAACAAGCAGAAAUCUUCAAGAAGGAAAGCCCGUAGAAAUCUCCCUCGAGUGAUUAUGGAUGAUGAGCAGAUCAUGAUUCCUGGUAAUAUUUAUCAGUCGUGGCUUCAGGAUGCUUCCAGCAUCAUUUCGAAAAGAAGAAGAAAGACAAAGCUUCAGCACCCAAUUUCCACUACAAAGCUCACCGUCCUCAUGGAAUUGCCGCCGUUGGCUUUGAUGACUGGCUUAGACAACUUCCCCAGUGAACUCCAUUACCCUGGACCUCUUUUGAAUCUAUGGAGGAAAUGUACUGACUCAGUGCGUGAUCAUGGUUCAUCUUCUGCAGGAACAUCACCUGAGGCCCGACGAAAUCCAGUAUCACACUCACCUCCUGAGUCACUAUCUCGUCGCAACAAUAUUAAUUAUGAAUUUCCUCCAGGAGAAUAUCAGAGUGAAAUAGGCUCACAGCAUGUAUCACCAAUAGAGAAAGGGCGAGCCGAGCAAGUGAACAUGGAGUUCCAUGCUAUUUUCAAUGAUGCUGAUUUGGGGGGUAGUGAUCGUUUUACUACUCCCAGUAGUCCUGGUCGGCUGAGCUCUGGAUCUAUUCCUAGCUCUGGAUCUGGGCAUAUAUUCUUGCCCCAUGAACAGGAAGUUCUACCAAGUUCAUCAAGAUAUAAGAAAAGGCAGCAUUCUUCGGCGAGAAGUGACUUAGGAAACCUUGAUCCAGUCGAGGAGGAGACUCCAAUGGUGCAAGAUGUGAGAGGCUUUAAGAUCCGCAGGCUAUCAGAGACCAGACCAACUUAUGAUACAGACCUGUUAGAAGAAACGGCGGAUCCAACUCAGACUCCACAUCCAGUGAUCACUGAGCCCACGGUUGACAGAGUCACCCAAUCAAUUCGAACGCAUCUCAAGAUGCAUUUCGACACCCCAGGCAAUCCACAGUCAGAAUCAAUCGAUCAGCUUGCUGCCGGUAUGAACCGGAAAAAGGCUGCCCAGCUCUUUUACCAGACUUGUGUUUUGGCCACCCUGGACUUUGUGAAGGUUCACCAAGCGGAGGCUUACGGGGAAAUACUGAUCUCCAAAGGUUCGAAGAUGUGAUCGAUACAAGCUCUUUUUUUAUAUCGCAUGGUUUUCCUCGACUCCAUUUUGGCGACGGAGGCAUUAUUAUCGCAGUAUUUCACAUCAUAGAUUAGCUUAGUAUAGCGUAGAAGAGAUGGGGUUCUCACCUCUUAAAACCUCUGAUUUGAAUCGGGAAAAAAUAGUUUCCCUU